AUGUUUCAUAAGGAUAGACCAGUUUUGGGAACUGUAGAGGCGUUGAGUAAAGCCAAGGAAACGGCCCGCAAAUUGGGUUGUGAUCCGUAUGAUUACAAAUGGUUGGACUGUUUGCGAGCCAUUGAAAACCCGGACCUAUUUCUUGAGCCGACUGAGGCUGAAGUUGGUUUUGGUGUCACGUGGCCUGUGUUUGGCACUGAAUUCCUACCAGUCUUACCACAAAAGGCUUUUGAAACUAAUAAAUAUAAUUCUGAUGUGGAUGUGAUGGCCGGUGCGACCAAAGACGAGGGUCAUGUGCUAGCCGUCAGUCAUUUCCCACAAAUGAGGUCUGAAUUCAAUAAAAACAAAUUUCACGAAUUAAUAGAACUCCAGAGAGAGAUCUACCAUAACAUAGACGUCCAGAAAGUAUCCGAUUAUUACCUCCAGAAUAGAGACCCCGAAAAUCCUCAUGACUUAAAACAAGCUUUCGGUCAACUUUUUGGUGAUAUGUUGAUCGUGUGCCCCACCUAUGAGUUCGCCAAAAGAUUUGCCAAAAGUGGUCGAGACACAAAUUUGUUUGCAAUGCUUGGUUGCGAUGAACACACCAUAUGUCACGGCGCAGAACUCCCCUAUGUUUUUGGUGAUCCCGUUAGGACUCCCCAAAUGUUUACGGAAACGGAUUAUGAUUUCAGUUUAGAUAUCAUGAAGAUAUGGACUAAUUUUGCAAAAAAUAUGUAA